AUGGGUCAGUGUGGAGUGGAAGGCAGCGCCCAGCUGGGAACUAAUGGAAGUGGAGGGCUAGGAGGUGGAGGAGGAGGAGGAGGAGGAAUGGUAGGAAGCAGUCUCGGGGGAGGCGGAGUUGGAGCGGGAGGAGUGGGAGGUGUAGGAGGUAGUAGGGGUCUCUACCUCGAUUCAGGAAGUCCUCAACAUUUGGCCCAUGACGAGAGCUUCGGACCCAGGGAGGACACAAGUGGACCGAAAUUUAAUAAUGACUCCCGAAAUAAGAUCAUAAUUGCAUCAGCCUACCUGUUCCGUAGACUGGGACGCAAUUGCCCCCGUUAG